AGAGCUCAGGCCUCCAUUUCCUUUUUCUCCUCCAUCUAUUUCCGCUUCGGCGUAUUUCGUAAGUGUUGACUUACAAGUUGAAGUAGAGCAGCAAGGAACAAUGCUGUCGCUGUCGCGGGUGUUGGCGAAUGCCGCACGCUCCCCGGCUGCUGUCAGCCAGUGCGGAGUGACGGCGUUGAGUCGGUUUAACAGCACUGCGGCGCAGCAGGAUACCCCAAAGAAGACUAAGUUUGGACCGCUGGCAGAUCAGGACAGGAUUUUCACCAACUUAUAUGGCCGCCAUGAUUGGAGGUUAAAGGGCGCUCUGAGUCGGGGGGAUUGGUACAAGACGAAGGAGAUCUUGCUGAAGGGGGUGGACUGGAUCCUGAAUGAGGUGAAGGUCUCGGGCCUGAGAGGAAGGGGCGGAGCCGGCUUCCCCACUGGCAUGAAGUGGAGCUUCAUGAACAAGCCGAGCGAUGGCCGGCCAAAGUACCUGGUGGUGAACGCUGACGAGGGGGAGCCGGGCACCUGUAAGGACCGGGAGAUCAUGCGCAGCGAUCCGCACAAGCUGGUGGAGGGGUGCUUGGUGGCCGGUCGAGCCAUGGGAGCCCGCGCUGCCUACAUCUACAUCCGGGGAGAGUUCUACAACGAGUCGUCAAACCUGCAGGUGGCCAUCAACGAGGCGUACGCCGCAGGGCUGAUCGGCAGGGACGCCUGCGGCUCGGGCUACGACUUCGACGUGUUCGUGAUGCGCGGGGCGGGCGCCUACAUCUGCGGCGAGGAGACUGCGCUCAUCGAGUCCAUCGAGGGCAAACAGGGCAAGCCACGCCUCAAGCCACCGUUCCCUGCCGAUGUCGGGGUGUUCGGCUGCCCGACCACGGUGGCUAACGUGGAGACGGUCGCGGUGGCGCCCACCAUCUGUCGCCGCGGGGGUCCGUGGUUUGCGACUUUCGGGAGGGAGAGGAACUCCGGGACGAAGCUCUUCAACAUCUCCGGCCACGUGAACACUCCCUGCACCGUGGAAGAGGAGAUGUCCAUUCCCCUCAAAGAGCUCAUCGAGAGGCACGCAGGAGGAGUGCGGGGCGGCUGGGAUAACCUGCUUGCGGUGAUCCCCGGGGGUUCCUCCACGCCCCUCAUCCCAAAGUCGGUGUGCGAGACCGUGCUCAUGGACUUUGACGGCCUCAUCCAGGCCCAGACCGGCCUGGGCACGGCCGCACUCAUCGUCAUGGACAAAUCUACCGACCUCAUCAGGGCCAUUGCUCGCCUGAUUGAGUUCUACAAACAUGAGAGCUGUGGCCAGUGCACCCCCUGCAGGGAAGGAGUGGACUGGAUGAACCAGAUGAUGUGGCGAUUUGUGCGCGGGAACGCGAAGGUUUCCGAAAUCGACAUGAUCUGGGAGAUCAGCAAGCAGAUCGAGGGACACACCAUCUGUGCGCUGGGGGACGGAGCAGCCUGGCCAGUGCAGGGAUUAAUCCGACACUUCCGCCCCCUGAUGGAGGGUCGCAUCUUCGAGUUCCAGGAGCUCCAGCAGGCCAGGGCUUGAGCUACAGCACCAUUACUCCACCCGUUUCAGCCCCUCCCUCCUAUUAUUAUUUAACAGAAACGUGUUGCUUAUCGUUAUGAAUCAUUACGUGUCCUCUCUGUAUGAAACCUCCAGUAAAGUUCUAAGAACCCUAAA